UCGAGUCGUUCGCGCCUCAGUCUGCAGCGAGCGUUCAGACGGUUUGGUUUGGUUUGGUUAACUUUUUCUCUGCCAGCGGUUGGCCGCCCCAGCGCUUAAAAAACUCUAAAAAAAAUCAACGCUAAUAGGCAACCUUUAAGCUGGAAAAAUACAAAAUCUAACUAACUCGGAGCCGCGAAAAUUAUCGGCCGGUGUGAACUGUUGUUCGCUAAUUCGAAAAUAACGAUUCGAAAUUUGGCAAUUAAUCGAAAACAAAGUGCAACGAGGAACGGUCGACAGCCUGCGGCAUAUGGGCACUAUAUAAAUCAAAUGAAUAUAAUCCCAAUAAAGUAAAGGAAACGUUAGCAGCUAAUUCGCAUUUGAUUAGUUUAUGUUUCUGUCUCGACUCGAUUAUUACGAUUUGAUUGCGUGCAUCAUCCGAAAGCGAAGAAGAGAUUGAGGUGGAGUGGUCAUCAAGCCAUCGGAUUACCGAGCUAUAAAAUUGGAUAUAACCCAGUUAAAAUCGCAUUCAAAAUGCUGGUGAGACAUUUAAACAGUUUGCCUUGGGCCCUGCUGGUGGUUCUCCUGCUGGUGGCCUUUAGGCUCCACGUAGCCACCUCGGAAUCCAGUGGUGAACAGAAGGAGGAGGUGGACAGUUCCAGCACGGAAAGCAAUGAAAUCAUUCCACGGGAGGCCAUCCAGAAACUGGAUUACUCCGUGAGACAGGCCUUGCUGCGAGCAAUCGAUAAAUUGGAGCAGGAGGAGGCGGCUGCGGCUGAUGUCACGGAAAGUGGAGAGGAGAGUCCGAGCAGCAGUGGCUCCCGUUCUCUGCUCCGAACGGAGACCUCCACCCUGCCCUCCCAUCGCGAGAAGGACGAGAUUCUGGAGGAGAGCACCAGGGGAAACGAGCCGGAGCCAGUGGUGCCCACUGUCCAGUUCUACACGGCCACCUUCGACGAGAAGAACGCCCAGGAGCAGCUGCUCUCCUCCUUCAUCGAUCGCUCCAAGCUGUGGAAGAAGACCACCCUGCGGAAGCAGAACUCCCCCGCCAUUUCCCUGCCCCUCGAGCCAAAGUCCGUGGAGCCGGAAGGUCCGGAGAAUCGCCAGCUCACCCGGAGUGUGGACAGCUCCAGCUCGGGAUCCGUGAGCAGCAAUGAGAUCUCCCACGACAGCGGCAGCCACGAGAUCAAGUUCGAGAUCAGCAAUGUGAGGAAGACCACCACGCCCACGACAACCACGACCCCGAGCACCACAACAACCACAACGCCCAGACCCCGAACCACCAGAAGACGAACCACCACGACGACAACCACCACCACAACGACCACGCCGAGACCCACCCACAACGAGGAUGGGGAGAACAUAGAGCUGGUGGACAAGCAGGACAUCCGCAUCCAGGAGGCGCCGCUGGUGACCGCCUUCACGGUGGAUCUUGACGAGCGGGGCACGGCCCACAAGUUCCGCCCACUGCUGGCGGGCAGCCAGCGCAGCGGCGCCUUUGCAGCUCCUCAGCAGCAGCAGCUGCCGCACAUCGGACCCACCAUCACCAAGCUGAAUGUGCUGGAGACGGAGCCGCCGGCCACUCCGCUGCCCACGCAGUUUCCACCCACCAGCAGCAGCAGCAGCACCACCACCCAGAUCAGCACGAGCCCGAGCACCACUGCCGGAGGAGGUUUCUCCACCACGCCCGCCUUCCUGGCCAGCUCCACCAACAAUUAUGUGAAGCAGGAACCUCUUAACAAUCUUUCGGAGCCGCCGAAUGUAAACAACUAUCUGAUUGAGCGACAGCGGGCUCUGGAGCAGCAGAUCUACCAGCUGAAGGUUCAGGCGCAGCAGCAACAGGCUCUGAUCCUGCGCCAACUGAAGCUCUUGGAGGAGCAGAGCCAGAGUCGGUUCCAGGGCACACCCAUUGCCCAACCCAGCACUCUGCAGCCACAGAAGCAGCAGCAACAACAGCAACACCUUCAGCAGCAACAGCAGCAAUUGCCGCCGCAAGUACAGCAGCAACAGCAGCAACAUGGUUCGCUGGAUGCCAUUCAGACGGGCCUGCAACCACCCUCGUUGGGCGGUUACUCCAUAAGGCCUUCGGUGGAAUUUAUACCCAGCACACACACCAAGACUGUUAUUUAUCCCACAUAUCCAAUUGAGCAGCAAUUGCCGCUGCGCGAUGCCGUUUCGGGUCAUAAAUUCGCCCUGCACAAUGGCAACAUAAACGGCAACAACUAUCAGAAACCGCCGGCGAAUGCAGUGCAGCAGAUUUUCCAAAAUUUGCAGCAAUCUCUGCAGAAAUCGAACGAGAGCCCUCAGGUCCAGCCCUCCAAUCAGUUCAACUUUGCUCCGGCCGAGGCGGCUCAACUUCAGGCCUUGCCCCAUAACAAUUACAAGCCGUUUCAACAGCAGCAGCAGCAGCAGCAACAGCAACUGCAACCUCAGCAGCAGCAACAACAGUUGCUGGUGCCGAACUACGUCAGCAAUGCGGUGUUCCAGCAGCAACAGAGGGCUCGCCAAUUCCGCCAGGAAACGGGGGUGGGCAACUUCGGGCUAAAUCCCAAUGUGGAGAUUCAGCCGAGCAACUCCUUUGCCACCACAAUUGUUAGCCAGCAACCUGGGCUCAAUUCCAAUCCCAGCCUGGAGAAUCAGAACUUCUACAGGCAACAUCUGACGCCGCAGUUGAGCAACCAGUUGCAGCAGAACGCCCAGCAAUACCUGCAGCAGCAACAGCAGCAGUUGCAACAGCAGCAACAGCAGCAACCACAAGCCAGCAGCGACAUUAGUCCAGCUCUCAACCACGGGAUACCGCAGUUCGCCUCACAAAACCUGCACUUCAACGGGGCCUUUUGAGCACUUGCACCACCAAACCAACAGCACAACCACCAGCACCACCAUCCCGCACCACAACCAAGCAACCACAACACCCACUGUUUCCGUUUCCGGUCCUGCUCCUGAGUCCCUUUCACCCUGAAUCGAAAAGCAACCGUCCUACCACUUGAUUUAAGUUUUACGUCCAACAUCUUUGUAAAUAUUCAUUCUAUUUUAAAACUUAAGAAUCGAUCUAAGAAAAAUAUAAAACAGAGAGCAGGAUGAGCUACCAGGAGAGAGGAGGAGGAUCAAUUUUUGGUGAGGCAAUUGGCAGAGCAAUGUGUUGAAAUGUAACAAU